AGUAAAUAGACACAUGAUUUUAGUCCGGAAUUCGAACAAUAGAAUGAAAGAAGGAGCACUUCUAUAGUUUGUCGAACUUUCUCUUUCGGGGUAGAUUUUGUAUUUGUAUAACUGAUGUGAACGAUUCGAAAAAGCAUUAACCAUGCCGAAAUCAGAUCAAACAAUCAAAGAUCACACGAUGGAGCUGCUUGAUAAGCAGAACGUUAAGGCGGACAUCAUCACUUAUCGCUUCUCGACCACCGAGGACACGAUGCCCAAAGUGCCUUCGCUCGCUCCGAGGGUUCGUCAGAUAUUACCAACAGUUUGCGCUUCACUCUCGUGCUUGCCCUUCGGUUUAAUGCUGGGAUGGCCGUCUCCUACAAACCCGAUUCUCAUGGGGGAGGAUUCCCCGAUACCGAUCAGCAUCGAUCAGAGCGCCAUGAUAGCGGGGUUUCUGAUGAUAGGCAACGCCUUGGGAGCGACGCACAGCCACAAGAUCAUCUACAAGGCGAAAUUCGGAAUACUCGCAGGAGCAAUCGUUAUGACGAUCGGAUGGAUAUUAAUGUGGCACGCGAAGAACAUUUUCUGGCUGCUGGGCAGCAGGUUGCUGGUGGGUUUGGGGAGCGCCUACGGCACCGGGCAAUUGAAACUGUACAUAUCCCACACGUGCGAUAGGGACCUCAAAGUGAUUCAGACGAAGUUCAUUAGUUUAUACGUUUAUCUGGGAAUUGUAAUGGUUUAUGCGAUCGGUCCUUUCAUCGAUUUUAGGGACACGUCGAUGGUGUGCCUGUUGGUGUCUAUAGCGGUGGUUUUUUUGGUGAUAUUCCUGCCGGCGACGCCCGUCGAGCUGGUGAAAGACAGUAAGUUCAACGAGGCGCGAAGGGUGAUUGCCCGGUUGAAGUCGAACGUGAAUAUAAAUUCGGAAAUAUCCGCGAUCAGCAGGAGCAUCGAGAAGAAGGUUAAAGAACGGAACCUUUUGCAUAUCUUCAAAGAACCGGACUUGAGGAAUAAAUUCGUGGUGUUUUCGAUUAUCGUAUUUUGCCAACAAUUUAGCGGACUACCGGCGACGAUAAUCUACACGCAAAUCUUGUUUCAGGAAUUCCGUUUUCCUUAUCCAGAGUAUUUAGCAAUAGCGUACGUAGUGAUAUUUUUUAUUUGUAACGUUAUAGGUAUAUUUCUCAUGCCCCGGUUUGACAAGAGAAAGGUGCUGUUGUGCUCGACAAUUAGCGUUAUCUUAAUAUUAACAACUCAAAUUCUAGUUAUUUACUUCGAAGUUAACGAUAAAUAUUGGUCUUUUACUUCGUUUGUAGUCAUGUGUUUGUAUGUAAUAGCGCAUACGCUGGGUUUAGGCAACGUCCCGCCAACGUUAAUUAAUGAUCUCUUCACGAUACCCUAUCGAACGAGCGUCGCGAAUUUUUUCACAGCAUUCCACUCGAUUUUAGCUUUACUUAUCACGAAGAUAUUUCAAGUAUUAAUUAGCCAGUACGACAUAGCUGUGACGUUUUAUUUAUUUUUAUGUGUUAGUGUUUUCGCGCUGGUUUUUAUCUAUUUCGCAGCGCCGAACGAAGCUCAAUGUAACAACGAUGUCGAAAUAAAAUGUAAACCGACUACUUAAA